AUGCUCAGACAAGUUAAACCUCGCAAUGCGCGCUCAAAGCGAGCCCUCGAGAAGCGCGAACCAAAGGCAAACGAGAAUCCCAAGACGUGCCUCUUCCUCCGCGGAACAACAUGCUCUCAGAUAGUCCAGGAUGCUCUCAAUGAUCUUCAUCAGAUGCGCCAACCUCUCGCUAAGAAGUUCACCAAGAAGAACGCCAUCCAUCCCUUUGACGAUGCCGCCUCGCUCGAGUUUUUCUCCGAAAAGAACGACGCCAGUCUCCUCGUUUUUGGUAGCAGCCAGAAGAAGCGCCCUCACACCUUGACUUUUGUUCGCACCUUUGGUUACAAGGUUCUUGACAUGCUUGAGCUCUACCUCGACCCAGAAAGCUUCCGUGCCAUUGCUCAGUUUAAAACGAAGAAAUUCGCUAUUGGCCUGAGGCCUAUGAUCCUGUUCGCUGGUACUGCCUUUGAGAGCCCUGUCAGCAACGAGUUCACCCUUGCGAAGAGCAUGCUCCUUGAUUUCUUCAAGGGCGAGCCCAGCGACAAGAUUGACGUCGAAGGUCUCCAGUACAUCAUCUCCAUUAGCGCAGAGGAUAGCACUGGCGAAGGUGAUGUUAAGCCCGCCAUCCACUUGCGUGUCUAUACCAUCAGCACCAAGCGAUCCGGUCAGCGUCUCCCCCGCGUCGAGGUUGAGGAGAUCGGUCCUCGCAUGGAUUUCCGUGUCGGCCGAGUCAGGGAGCCCGAUGAGUCGAUGCUCAAGGAGGCCUUGAAGAAGCCUCGCGGCACCGAAGAGCGUACCAAGAAGAACAUCACAACUGAUUCUAUGGGCGACAAGAUUGGCCGCGUGCAUCUGGGCAAGCAGGAUCUCAGCGAGCUGCAGCUCCGCAAGAUGAAGGGUUUGAAGCGAAGUCGAAAGGAUGCCGAAGACGCGGUGGAUGUCGUUGAAGAGGAGGAGACCAAGAGGAUAAAGCAAUAG